GUUCUGAGCCACCGCCACGGCUGAGCCAGGCUGGACGCGCUCCAGCUUAUUGAUGAUGAUGAUGAUAGGAAUUUAAACAUUGAACCGGGCGCGGGCAGCGCUACGCCCCGAGCAAGCCGGAGCCUGCCGGAUCGUGCGGACUGUGCCCCGGGGAAAGGUCCCGGUCUCGGCCCCUUCCCGUCGGUUCCCGUCCGUCGCGGCCAUGGCUGAGGAGCUGCUGGCUCUGCGCGAGCAGAUGGUGGCCGAGGCCACCUGCCCGCUGUGCCUGGAUCUGUUCGAGCAGCCCGUGCUCACGAAGUGCGGGCACAGCUUCUGCGGGCAGUGCCUGGCGGGCGUGCUGGGGGACCCCCCGCGCCGCGCCCCCUGCCCGCAGUGCCGCGCCCCGGUGAAGCCGGGCUCGCUGCGCCCCAUCCGCUCGCUGGGCAACAUGGCCGGGCUGACCCGAGCCCUGGAGGAGAUGGAGGCGCGGCCGCAGUGCCCCCAGCACGGCAAGCCCCUGGCGCUGUUCUGCGAGCCCUGCGCCGCCCUGCUCUGCGCGCCCUGCCGGGACGGGCCCGAGCACCGCCCGCACCGUGUCCGCCCCGCCGAAGAGGCCGCCCGGGAGCUGCGGGACACACUGCAGAGCAACCUGCUUUCUCUACAAGAACAGAAGGAAAACUUGAAGAGAAGCGGAGACGAGAAGAGUGAAGACCUGCUGAAGGCGCUGAUGUGGGAGUUGGAGCGUGUGCCCGAGACCUUUGAGGAGCUGCAGCAGUGCCUGGAGGAGCAGAAGAAGACCCUGCAGGCCCAGCUGGGGCAGAUGUCCCAGGAGCUGGUCAGUAGGAGUGAUGAGUACACGUCCAGGGUUUUGGAGAGGGAGUCGCUGCUGGACACGGUGAUGGCGCAGAUCGAGGAGAAGCGGGACCAGCCGGCGGUCGAGUUCCUCAUGGAUGUUGGCACAAUCCUGAGCAGCUGUUGGGCAGCCGAGGCCCCGAUCCCAGAGCCAGUUUCCCCAGAGCUGCAGAGGAGCAUUGAGAGCCUCUCUGAGAGGAGCCAGCAGGUCGUGGACAUGGUGGAUAAAUUCAGAGUGAGCCUGCAGAGCGACAUAGACUGGGGCAUAAGGGAGCAGGUGACGCUGGACCCAGAGACGGCGCAUCCUUACCUGAUCCUCUGGAAGGACCACAAAAUUGUCUGGUUAGGAGGUGAAGAGCAAAACCUCCCUGAUACCCCCAAGAGGUUCACAGGCAGCUUCAGUGUCUUGGGCUCCCAGGGGUUCACAUCUGGCAGUCAUUACUGGGAGGUGAAGGUCCAGGAAGAGGGCUGCUGGGCCGUGGGAGUGGCCCUGGAGUCUGUGCCGAGGAAGGAGCCACUCGACCUGCUCAGAUCUGAGGAGGUCUGGGCCCUUCAAGUAGACGAGGAUGGCAUCUACAGAGCAGUCGGAAUGACCUCUGACGGGUGGGCACUCACAGAAAAACUGCAGAGAAUCAGGAUCUGCCUGGAUUAUGAAGCAGGCCGAGUGACCUUCUGCAACGCAAAGGACAUGACGCAGAUCUUGCAGUUGGAGGUCACCUUCACUGAGAAGGUCUUCCCAUACUUUGAGCUCUAUUUCGUAGAUACCCAGAUCAGGGUGUGUGACUGACAGGGUGGGACGGCUGCCGGGCCCCUGCCCGUGCCCCUGGCUGGCUGAGCAGGGAGGAGCUGUGGCAAUGACACGGCACCACACUGCAGCCUCACUGCAGCUCUGCCUGGCUGGAUCCUCUCUGCCAUUUCCUGCCUCUCCUCCCGCUAAGUCCUUUGGAGCAUUACAGAAGUGCUGUCCUGCCUGGCGGUGUCUGCGUGCUGCUGUCCUGGCUAGAUGCCGUGGUGAUGGUGUCCUGCCUCUGCCUGUGGGCACUGAGGCCACAGAAUAAUCGGGAGGGAGGAGGGAAGAGGCUCCGAUUGUCCGUGCCGGCCUUUGGCAGCACUGCAGGGCUGGGCUGGGCUGGGCUGGAGGGUGCAGCCACCCUGCACUCAUGAAGCCAGGCUGGAGCCACGAGCUGAUAAUGAUAUAUUGAGUUUUAUUAUUCACAUUUUUCAGAUUCUGUGCUGCUUUGGUGUGUAGCUCUGAGUUCAUGUUAGGUGUUAGCAAGUUCUCUUCACAGGGUAGGUAGACAAAACGAUCCUUUUCUAGCUUGAGACCAAGGAUACAAGGUCCAGGCCCAAAAAGUACUAACAGCAGUGAAUUGUAGUAAAAAAAACAAGGAGGAUGGAACUUCAUAACCUAAAGCUGUAACUGGACAAUUAACUGCAAUAUACAAUUGCAGCAGAACUUAUAAGAGCAUGAGAGACCUCAUGAGUCGUCAUCCAUUUUGUGACCACUUAGAGUCCAUCUUGGGUGUAGCCUUGGCCAGGCUACUGUGCAAGACGUAGCCACUAAGGCAUUUUACUAAAU